GAGGAUCGGAUGGACUGUCUCUCGCGUGAAACAGAUCGGCCUCAGUCGUGUUUUAGUGACCGGUACAUUUCGAUUGCGAGCGCUUCCAUAACCGUAUCCAUAAGCGUAUAAAAACUUCGAAAUUCAAAAUCCAUAGUUGUCUGCGUGCGUGUACGGUGUGCUAUACCCGCGAGGUUUACCGCUAUGACGAGGGCUCCGAGUGCGUUAAACAUGGUGCUCGGGCCACUGCUGUUGGUGACGAUGUUCGCGUUGUCGGCGCGUGGCAUCCCGGUGAACAGACGGCAAUCUGAACUGGACUCGGCGGUGGACGGCGUGCAAAAGUACCUCGAGUCGUCGGGGUUCCCGAAGAUGACGCGCGGUGAGGUGAUGGAGUUCCUGAACGACUUUUCGCGCAACUCACGUGUUAGCCGUUCGGACAACACGGGCAAGGAACGAUCGAUCGCGCCGACCGAGACUAGGAAAACGGUGUCGGACGGUAAGCAAACGGCUAGGCCGAAGUUCCCGGAAGGUGAGUCGCCGUUGAACUACGGAUACCCGAUGAGCGCUCUCGGGGUCGUCAGCUCGUCCACCACCACCUCCACUACUACCACCACUACAACCGCCACCGAUCCGACGACGACGACGACGCAAAUGACUUUCGUGACGGUACCGCCGGUGAAAGCGGCGCAACCGCAGUGGAAAAAGAAGACGGUCGGGCCGUCGGUGGACGUGACGGCGUAUUCCAAGUUCAAGAAGAUACCCGAGGCGAGGAACGUGAAAAUCGACGACGAAAUGACCGAGUUCCUGGGGGGUUUCGGGUUGCUGGACGCGCCGUCCAGCAAACGGGGCAGCGGAUCGGUGGACGCGGCGCGGAGGCGCGACGACGGUUUGACCGAGACGACAGCGGACGAGCUGCUGCUGCGGUCGUUGCUGGCCGAGACGGGUACCUCCACGAACGGCACCGCCCAAGCGUCCACGCCGGUGCUCGACGCCGGCGGCGUUCGGCGGUCGACGACCGCGGGCCGCGGCCACGUGUUCAACCCGUCCGACUCGGACUUGAAGACGGUGGACGUGAACCGCAUAGCGAAGAUCGUGGAGAACAUACGGCUGCUGGCGGACGGCAACGACACCGCGUCCCUGUCCCAGGACGCGAUACGCACCAAGCUGGAGAACAUCACGGCCGACAUAGCCACCAUUGACCGACCGGUCGCGUCCACGGUGUCCGCGAGCGACCAGAGCUUCGACGGGUACCAAGUGUUCUUUGACGACGACACCAAGCAGGCUGAACCAGACGAUCUGCCGGUGACGCCGAAUGCGGCCGCCGCGGCCUCGCUCGCCACGGUCACGCUAGAUAGCACGGGCAGCCCACCGGACCCGCUGUCCACGGACGAGCUGCAGCAGCUGGUGGAAAAGAACAAGAACGACGUGAAGCGCCAGCAGCCGGCGGCCACGACAACGGCCGCGAUGGCCAACGAGCAGCCUGCGACCACUACGGUCACGGACGAUCCCGUGGCUGCGUCCACGUCGUCUGAAGCGGUGCGCGCACAGUCGUUCACGGACUCGUCGGAAGCCGUCGCGACGGGCAUGUCGACGGCCGCCGGGGCCCGGGACGUGUCCACCACCGAGGCCAGCCCCAGCUUAUCACAACUGGCCGAGUCAUUUGGUGGCGGCGAAACGGCCAGCAGCGACCCACCAACCGCGUUCGAGACCGAAGCGCCCAGGAUGGACCGACCGCGCAACGGGCUGUACUUCUACGUGGACUGGAACUCGUUCCUGACCGUCAACGAGGGCCAGAAGAACCAAGUGAACUUGAGGUUCGCCCCAAAGGCCGGCAACCCGGCGCACUUCCUCAAGGUCACCGUGCCCUGAUUGUGCCUUCGGCCCUUCAUGGCGCACCGUUAAAUUAUUCUGCACCGUCUCCAGUAUCUAAUUAUUAUCGAUCGUAUUUAUGCGCGCAUGCGAUGAUUUAUUCCGCGUUGACUUCGUCGACGACGAUCGUACCUAUUUAUUAUUAUUAUUAUUUUUCUUUGUAAAUAUAGUUUUAGUUUUAAAUACUGUAAACAAAAA